AUGGCUUCCAAAUCUCUCCCAUUAAAUUCCCCUUCUUCAUUAGUAACUUCCAUAACCAAAAUCCUCCAAUCCUUAAACCCCAAAUUUUUAUUAAAUCCCUCUCACAGUCCUCCAAUCGAAGCUCUUUCUCAAUUCUCUUCCUGCUUGAAUUCAAAUUUAGUCAUUCAAGUCAUCAAAAACCAACCAAAUCCUUACCAUGCUCUCAUCUUCUUCAAUUGGUCUCUUAACCCAUCCCCAAAUCCCACAAAUUACUUUCAUUCUUUCUCCUGUUACAUUGCCAUGUUUGAUCUUCUUCUUUCACACCGUCUUUUUAGCACUUCUACCCAGUUUCUUGAAAUCCAUCGCAAACUUUGUGAUUUCACCAUUGCCAAACUCAUCAAAGCUUUUGGUGCUGAGGGUAAUAUAAGAGCUUGUAUUGAUUGGUUCCACAAAGCUAAAAUGAUUGAGAAAAAUGGUAAUUGUCUUUCUUCAUUUAAUACUUUAUUAUCUGUUUUGGUUAAAUCUCAUCGCAUCAAAUUAGCUUGUGGGAUUUUUAAUCAGACUGUUGAAGAGGGUUUGAUUACAAUUGAUGUAAUUACUUAUUCAAUUAUGAUUAAAGGGUAUUGCCAAAUAGGUAAAAUGGAGGAUGCACGUAAGGUGUUCGAUGAAAUGCGUUGCUUACCAAAUUCGAUUACGUAUGGGAAUUUAGUUAAUGGGUUUUGUAAACAAGGUAUGAUGGUCGAGGCGCGACAAAUUGUUGAUAAAAUGAUCAUGAAUAAGCAUUGUUUGCCGAAUUUGAAAACAUAUACUAUGUUGAUUGAUGGGUAUAGCAAGAAAGGUGAUAUACAGUCUGCAAUGUUGUGUUUGGAUGAAAUGGUAUUGCAAGGUCUAGAGCCGAAUUUGAUCACUUAUAACGCAAUUAUUAAUGGGUUCUGUUUGAUUGGUAAAAUCGACGAGGCUAAGAAAAUGAUGACGAAGAUGAGAUUGAAUGGGGUUAAGGAUGACAUUGUCACACAUACGAGUUUGUUGAGGGGGUUUUGUGUCGUUGGUAGAUUAGAUGAAGCUGUUAAUCACUUGAACAAUAUCAUCGCUUUAGGAAUAAAACCCGAUGUUCGAGCUUAUGGAUUAGUCUUGAAUGAAUUUUGCAAGUUAGGAAAGGCGAAUGAAGCGGUUGCUCUUUUGAGGGAAAUCGUAGCUAGAGACAUUAAUCUAAGCACGAGUAAUUUUAAUGCUGUGUUAAAAGUACUUGUACAAAGCGGAGAACUCAAUGAGGCGAUUCUACUAUUGAAAUGGAUGCCUAAAAUUGGUCGAAUUCCUAACUUUUUGUCGUAUUUUACUGUUAUAUCUAGUCUAAGUAAAACCGGGAGAAGGAUAGAACAGGUUGAGGAACUUGUAGAUACUAUGGUUCAAUAUGGUCAUAGGCUUGAUGUUUCAUCAUAUAGUUGCUUAAUAAUGAUGUAUAGUAACAAUAAUGAACUUGAUAAAGCAUCUCGGGUUUUCAGGGAUGCUUUGAGGGACGAAUGUGUGAUUGGUCUUGAAAGUUUUGUAGUGGUUGUGGAGGGACUAUGUGCAAAAGAAAAGAUGCGUGAAGCUGAAGAACUCGCGCAAGAGUUAUUUAGAAGAUGUUCUAUAGCUCAGUUGGAAGAGUAUCAGAAGGUUUUUAACGCGCUUAAAUGUAAAUAUUCACUACAGAAAUCUUAA